AUGUCUGAAGCGGGCCCCAGUACUCGUCCAUGCACCCCUCCUCCCAGACCUGUGCCGGGGAAUGACCUACAGCUUACGCCUGAACAGGUCAAACGAAUAGAGAUGAACCGUCUGCGAGCCAAAGCUCAACAACGCCAGAAAGAGACGGCCUCCUCUUCAUCCUCCCUACCGAAUCUGAACAAUAAACGACCACUGGCAGUGGUCCCCGCGACAUCUACGUCACCGACAGGUCCGUCACGGCAGCAACAGCAGAAGCUGAAGAGGGACACGAGACUUGGGAAGUAUUUUGACUAUGAUUUGUCAAAAAUGGUGAACUCGAAGGGUGGAUUCUUGGUGGAGGACGAUAAAGAGGUUGAUGAGGUUCACAAGGCGAAAGAGAAGGAACGGGAAAGGCAGCGUGCGGUGCAGAAUUUGGAUCCGCGUACGUAUUACCCCUUCUACUCUGCGGUCUACCUGGAGAAGGGAAAGAAUCCGAAGUGCGCAGAAUGUGGGUCCAUAGACCUUGAUCAGACAUAUAGAAAGGUAUUUCGGUGCUUGGUAUGUAACAAGUGCAAGAACGAGAAGCCGGAGAAGUACAGUCUGUUGACGAAGACGGAGUGUAGAGAGGAUUAUCUUUUAACAGACUCCGAACUUCGCGACGAAGAGAUCAUGCCCCACCUGCUUAAAGCUAACCCGCACAAAUCGACGUUUGCAAACAUGAUGCUCUUUUGUCGCUUUCAAGUCGAAGAAUUUGCUUGGAAGAAGUGGGGCUCCCCAGAGGCACUCGACGCCGAGUGGAAUAAACGAACAUCAGAGAAGAAAAAGAGGAAGAAUAAGAAAUUCGAGCAGGGCUUGGUGGAGCUGAGAAGAAAGACACGAGAGGGCGUUUGGCAGAAGCGGAAGGAUGCUGAGCAUAAGCAUGUGUUCAGUCAGCCGCAUCCUUCGGAGGACGGGACGACCACGCAGAUGUGCCAUUCGUGUGGGUUUACGAUCGAGGUAGAAGAGCUUUGA